AUUACAGGUUUCAGUGAAGUGUGUGUGUUUUUACAGUUUCAUUCUGUAAAAGUGAAGUUUAAAGGAGUUUGAAAAGAAUACAAGUUAAUGUAUGAAAAGGACUGUUUUUACAGACGAUGAACCUCAGAAAAUGUGACCAGUCGCCGCGGGCAGACAUACAACACAACGAAUGGAUGAGGCAGCGCUGAGUCAUGAUGUGGCUGGAGAAGCAGACCAUGUCAGUCAGCUACCGGCUCAAGAUUGGGCUUUUGGUCAUCGUUAUUAUGGUGCUUGGGUUCUUCAAUGAGAGUCAUGGUACAGCUCAUUACGGCGAAGACAGUGUCGGGUCAUUCCCCUACUUCGAGUACAACGUGCCACGGAACGUGACCACGGUGGUCGGGCAGACCGCCUUUUUGCACUGUAGGGUUGAACAGCUCGGAGAUAAAGCGGUAUCAUGGAUUCGGAAAAGGGACUUACAUAUAUUAACUGCAGGGAUUUUAACAUACACGUCAGAUCAAAGAUUUCAGGUAAUCAGACCAGACAAGUCAGAGAACUGGACAUUACAGAUCAAGUUCCCGCAGGAGAGGGACGCGGGCAUAUACGAGUGUCAAGUGAACACCGAGCCGAAGAUGUCGCUCGCGUUCCAACUGAAUGUCGUCGAGGCAAAAGCCCACAUCCCGGGCCCUGUGGACCUUUACGUGAAGACCGGCAGCUCGUUGUCCCUCACGUGCAUCCUCAGCCAGGGUCCGCAUGACCUGGGCACCAUAUUUUGGUAUAAGGGAUCAAAACUAAUAGAAUAUAAGGAAUUAGAAGAGAAUGACAUAGCGGAGGAGCCGCGGAUCAGGCUGAAGACGGAGUGGACGGAACUGCUGACGUCACGGCUCACAAUCGAGAAGCUUCUGCCAGGGGACAGCGGGAACUACAGCUGUGUGCCCACCAUGGCCGAGGCUGCUUCUGUUAAUGUCCACGUCAUCAAUGGUGAACAUCCAGCAGCGAUGCAGCAUGGGAACGCUAACACAGCAUCACCCUGUGCGCUGUCGGUUAAUCUCCUCAUCUCAUUAUAUUGUACAAUCGCAACCUUAUACACCAACACUGUUGACGGAUUCAGAUGAAAACAACACUGAGCUUACCAAUAUUGGAGCAAAUGUUUGUGACAAAUGUUUGUCCAAACUCUUAUGUAGAUUUUGUGUCGGAUAAAUUAAUGUAAGUAAUAUUGGAAGACAUUU